UCCAGCCUUUUUAAUUCUCUUUAACUACAAAAGCUCUCAAUUAUACAUCCGAGGUGCUGCGUUUUUACCCCUGCAGUUCCUAAGCAACAGCUAUUUUCAGAUUGAGUGCGUCUGGUGUUGUCUACCUACUCCAGUCUCCUUCCUGCGAGGUGGCUCGUGGCUGGAAGCUGAGCUGCUGGCUGGCUGCCUCAGCCUCUUGCUGUGCCUCUGCAGGGACACAGAUGCUUUAGAGGAGCAGCACAAGCUGGGCUCUGAGCAUCCUCCACCUUGCAGCUCACAAAAACUCGCGUGCUUCGGGGAGCUCUGCCGCCUGCCAUGAAGAGCAGGAGUCAGAAAUAAGGUUCUUGCCACUGGUUUGGGACAGAAGCCUUUUUUUUUUGUCAAGUCUGGCAAAGCCUCUAGAGCAGAUUGAGGACGAUGAGCCGGAAAUCUCUGUACUUGCUGAAGCGCAGGUGGGAGUCCAUUCCCGCUGGGGACCAGUCUUCUGGCACCAGCAUCACGGUGGACAUUGCUGUCAUGGGAGAAGCACACGGGCUCAUCACAGACCUCCUGGCCGACCCUUCGCUACCCCCCAACGUCUGCACGUCCCUGAGGACAGUGAGCAACCUGCUCAACACACAGCUGACCUUCCAGGCCAUCCACAAGCCCAGGGUGAACCCCUUGGUGUCCUUCAGUGAGAACUACACCUGCUCCGACUCCGAGGAAUGUCCGGAGAAGGGAGAGAAACUAGCAAUUCCCAAGCGCUUACGGAGAAGUUUGCCUCCAGGACUGCUGAGACGAGUGUCCUCAACCUGGACCACAACAACAUCAGCCACAGGACUGCCCACUCUGGAGCCAGCCCCAGUGAGAAGGGACCGCAGUGCCAGCAUCAAACCUCACGAAUCUUCUUCAUCCAGCUCUGACUCCUGGAACAGCUCCAUUCUGAUGACCAUCACAAAGAGCAGGUCCUUCUCCACCUCCUAUGCCGUGUCCUCCACCAACCACCUGAAUACCAAGAGGCAGAGCCGCCAAGGUAUCCCACCAAAUAUUUCACCUCUCACCUCCCCGUGCCAUUCACCGAUUCAGGGGACGCCUGCCACGAGUCCUACUGGGAAAACAUCUUCUGUGUCAUUUCCAGAGCCUACAGACACUGACACCAAGCAGGGCCUAAAGCCACACAAAGUCUUAACUUCUACUCAGAGUGCACCUAGCCUGUCAGACCCUGUUAUCAGCCCCUCCAUCAUCUGCAGCAGCUGUGGCAGACCCUACAACCAAAUAGAAGCUGGUAAUGGGACACUAAAUAGAAAUGAUGCUACUACACAUACCCUGAACAGAACAGAUGAUCCUGCUCAGGCCACUUCUGACUACGAGACCAACAACAGCGACAGCAGUGACAUCGUGCAGAACGACGACGACACGGAUUGCUCCAAGGAGCAGCCACGGAAGGGAUCUGGCUGUAGGUCCUACACGCCCGAGACCAUCAUCCUGCACCCCUUGACACCACCUGAGGACAAGCCUGUACUGGCUCCUGAGCCCCUGGUUAUGGACAACUUGGACCCCCUGAUGGAGCAGCUAAAUAGUUGGAACUUCCCAAUCUUUGAUUUGGUGGAAAAAAUUGGGAAGAAAUGCGGUCGGAUUCUGAGUCAGGUAUCAUACAGGCUUUUUGACGACAUGGGGCUGUUUGAAACCUUUAAAAUACCAGUGAGGGAAUUUAUGAACUACUUUCAUGCCUUGGAGUGUGGAUACCGAGAGAUACCUUAUCACAACCGAAUCCAUGCCACGGAUGUUCUGCACGCCGUGUGGUACCUCACAACCCAGCCCAUCCCGGGACUGCCCACUGUCAUCAAUGACCACGGCUCAGCCAGCGAUUCAGAUUCCGACAGUGGCAUCACUCACGGCCACAUGGGAUACGUGUUUUCAAAGACAUACACACCUACAGAUGACAGCUACGGAUGCCUGGCUGGCAACAUCCCUGCCCUGGAGCUGAUGGCUCUUUAUGUGGCUGCAGCCAUGCAUGACUAUGAUCACCCAGGAAGGACCAAUGCCUUCCUGGUAGCAACGAGUGCUCCUCAGGCGGUGCUGUACAACGACCGCUCCGUGCUGGAGAACCACCACGCUGCUGCUGCCUGGAACCUCUUCAUGUCCCGGCCAGAGUACAACUUCCUGGUCAACCUGGACCACGUGGAGUUCAAGCAUUUCCGCUUCCUCGUCAUCGAGGCCAUUCUGGCUACUGACCUGAAGAAGCACUUUGAUUUUGUUGCCAAGUUCAAUGCCAAGGUGAACGACGAUGUUGGCAUUGACUGGACCAACGAGAACGACCGCUUGCUGGUUUGUCAGAUGUGCAUCAAACUGGCUGACAUCAACGGGCCUGCCAAAUGCAAGGACUUGCACCUGCAGUGGACAGAGGGCAUCGUCAACGAGUUUUAUGAACAGGGCGAUGAAGAGGCCAGCCUGGGGCUGCCCAUCAGCCCGUUCAUGGACCGCUCGGCUCCGCAGCUGGCACACCUCCAGGAGUCCUUCAUCACCCACAUCGUGGGACCACUCUGCAACUCCUACGACUCGGCAGGGCUGAUGCCAGGAAAAUGGAUAGAAGAGAGUGAUGAGUCAGGAGACACUGAUGAGCAGGAGGAGGAGGAAACAGCAGACAUGGAAACUUGUGAAAACACCGAAUCCAGAAAGAAGAAGUUCAAGAGGAGGAAAAUCUACUGCCAGAUCACUCAGCACCUGCUUCAGAACCACAAGAUGUGGCAGAAGGUGAUUGAGGACGAGGAGAGGUUAGCUGGGUCAGAGAAGCAAGGCACGGAGCAAUCCCCACUGCACCAAUCCUCAGAACAAAUCCAGGCCAUCAGGGAAGAGGAGGAGGAGAAGGGGAAGGCCAGGAAGGAUGAAGAGGAGAACACAACUGUAGAACCAAACCAAUGACAAUCUUUACAGCAGUAUUUUAAGACAGAUUGACUCGUGCACAGACUCUUUCUCAAGCCAGCACAGCAUGUAGACACAACACUGUAGAAGUAUGGGAUAAUGCGCCUACAGCUGUUUAAUUUGUUUCUCUUUCCUUUUUCUGGUGAGGUACAUUGUUUAAACUCCUAUGCUCAAGGAAGCUUUCACACUGCAACACCGGCUUUACAGACUUUCUUUGAAGAGAUUUGGGGGUGGGUGGAAUUAUAUAAAUAUAUAUAUAUAUAGCCAGGG